GCGCGCCUUGCCGGUUAGGAGACAGACUGAAAAUAAAGACUAUGAUGAAGAAACUGACUUCAUUGUUACUCCCUGUAAGGAGGUUGUGGGCGGCGACUCUUACAUACUGUAAACAGCAGACAGUGAGGAGCUGCUGGCGGGCUAGUGGAACGCAACAGCUGGACUUUAUGGAGACCCGCUAUGAAGCGGUGUCCUCCCUUCUAAAGGCUCAUGGUUUCAGUUCAGCGUGCCGCCACCGCUGCUUUACCAAAACCGCACACAGAGAGGAUGUCAUAACGCCACUGUCAUUGUACAGCCCGAUAGCAAGAGAGUUCAGUUCGUCAGCAGCACUCCUGCAGUAUGGCUUAAGGAAAGUGGACAUCCCUCCACCCGAAUCCAGCAAGUUCUACUUUGAUACCCAUGCAGUUGUACGGCUUCUUGAAGACCAAGGAUUGUCCACUUCACAAGCUGAAGUAAUUGUCGCUUCUUUAAUUCAAAUUCUGAAGUCCUUUGUGGAAGUAGUGCACAAAGAUAUGGUGACCAAAGUCCAGCAGGAAAUUAUGCUUCAACAAGUAAUGUCUCAUAUAGCUUCUGCUAAAAAAGACAUGGUUAUCCUCGAGAAAAGUGAGUUCACAGCUCUGCGAGCAGAAAAUGAGAAAGUGAAGAUUGAACUUCAGCAGCUGAAGACACAGCUAGCAGACGAAAUGAAUAAAGUGCGUUCUGAUGCCAUCAUGGAUAUGAAUUUGGAAAAGAGCAGAGUCAAAGAAAUGUAUGCUGAACAUGAAAAGAAUCUUCUGGAAAGAAGAAGUGAAAUUGUUGAACUGCAUGCAGAACAGGACAAAGCUGUAACACAAACAAUCAGAAAAAUUGACACAGAAGUAGCAGGUCUGAAAACAAUGCUGGAAUCCCAUAAACUGGAUACGAUAAAAUACCUUGCAGGUUCCGUUUUCACUUGUUUGACUGUUGCACUCGGAUUCUACCGCCUUUGGAUUUAGGAGUCGUGAUGGGAUCCCGUGGCCGGUGGUGCCUCAAACAUACACCUUCCUGAUUUUGAUUUUAAAAGCUUUAACCUGAGUUAUGAUUGUAAAUGAUGUUAUGCUGCUGCCAUUUAUACUUACUGUUUGCCAGUAUUAUUUAUUUGCUGCCGAUGUGCACAUCUUCUCUGUCCAUUGAGUAACAGGAUUAACAAAAUACGUACAAACAUUUCAUUAGGUGGAAACGUCACCGUCAACCUUAACUACCAUUCCGUGCCUUAAAAAUUGUAGACUUUUUUCCCCAUCAGUCAUUAAUUACGGGCUUUUUGUGGCUGUGCUUUGUUAUUUUAUACAUUUUGUCUGAUUUUAAGAUUGCUAUUUAUAUUACAUUGUGCCUUGUGCCCAGUGGGCUGUGGAUCCGCUGUAACCCCGACUUGAGGAAUGUCUCAGUUUGUUACAGUAAAUGAAAAAUCUACUCCAAUAUGAAACAAAGUCUGCCCCCUGCUGGUGAGGACUUCUAAAUAACGAUCUGCACUGUGCUGCUCUGGUGGUUGUUAAUAAUUCUUUCCAUUUAUAUAGCGCUUUACAUAGUGAGUGGGGAGCCACCUCAACCCCUACUCAUGUGCAGCAUCCAAUUGGAUGAUGUGACGGUAGCCAUUUAUUUGAGUCCUACUGUAGUUCUGGUUUAAAAAAAUAAAUAAAUAAAUAAAAAUAAAAAAUGGUCCCUUGGGAAUUUGUGCAUUUUAUUUUUAUGCAACAAAGGAUCACAAGUGGGCUUAAUUUGGCUUUAUUUAAACAUCAAUAGAAUAAGACCGAUGUCAACUUGAAACCCAAUCCUUGCAAAGUGGUCUAAGUUAACCCUUUAAACUCGGCCCCAUUCUUUUGGACGCUGGCGGGACCGAACAAUAAUGCAAUUUGUUUUUAAUGGCAUAAAAUCUUUCAUUUUCUUAUUGUUAUAAUUCAAGUACAAUGUUUUUGCCUUUAAUUUAAUGUCAAAGUGAAAACUGAUCCCUGCACAUUGGUCUAAAUUCUAAUUCUAAAUAUAAAACACCGAAUAGAUGAUGGCACAAGUCAUCAGCCCCUUCAAGUGAGCAUUUAGAAGAUGCACGUUGGGCAGCCAUGACAGCCUUGAGUGUCCACAGGCCUCUUAUCUAUCAGCCUUGCACAUCUGACUCCCAAAAGCAGGCUCUGCCAGAGGUCAUGUGAUUGUGGGUGAACAGGCUUUAAUAUUAAUAAUACGUUUUAUUUCUAUAGCGCCUUUCCCACGCCCUAAUUCCUUUUUGCAAUCUUACCACAAAUUGUCAACUGGAUUUUGAGUACUGAAAAAAACGCUAUAUAAAUGUAAUGAAUUAUUAUUAUUAUUAUUAUUGCGACCUGCUGUCAUCGCUGUUUUGAAGCCGUUCUUUCACGUUAUGGUUGGACUCGUUGUCUCAUUAACUAACUGUUGGCAGGUAGCGUGAAGCCGUCUGGGAUCCAAGGGUAUUGUGAGUGGCAGAAAAUGAAAUCAAACAAUGGCACAAUAAAAGCAUGCUGAUGUUUAAACAAACAAACAAAAAGUUCCUUUUAUUCAUUCACAAGGAUAUUUGGUAAAGAAUAUACACAGUGACAAGAAAAAUUAUAUUCAAAAAUACUCUUAACUCACAUGAAUACAUACACGUGGGUAUCCCAAAUUCAAAACCACACACUAAAAGUGAAUCCACACUGUGUCACUGUCUUACCCACCGAAAAGUGGGGAACAAAUAACAGCCCUUCAAUUACAGAAGAGACAAAUAUCUAAAUUAAUAAAACUCCUGCGUAACACUUAGAGAGUCUAGCUUGGCCCAUAGGAGCAUCUCUACAGCAGCCAAUCACUGAGCCGCCCCACUGCUAAUACUCUACUGGCUUCUGCUCUCCUCAGUAGAUCCAUCCAUCAUUACUUACUUCUUCUUCUUUUGUCUUUUUAUGGCAGUUGGCAGACCCACUUAUGGUGCAUUUACUGCCACCUACUGGACUAGUGUGGUGUAGAAUAUAAUUAUGCAAUUAUUGCAUUGCAUUGCAUUAAAAAGUUGCAUAGUUAGA